AUGCCUUCUACCAACAAUCCUGCACAUGUUCCUAUCGCCAUUGUCGGCCUUGCUUGUCGUUUCCCUGGAGAAGCUACCUCGCCGUCAAAGUUCUGGGACCUCCUCAAAAAUGGCAGAGAUGCAUACUCUCCAACGACUGAUCGAUACAACGCCGAUGCAUUCUAUCAUCCGAAGGCCAGCAGCCGGCAGAAUGUGUUGGCUACAAAGGGUGGUCAUUUUCUGAAACAGGAUCCAUAUGCGUUUGAUGCAGCCUUCUUCAACAUCACGGCAGCGGAAGCCAUCUCCUUUGAUCCGAAGCAGCGAAUAGCUAUGGAGGUUGUUUAUGAAGCCCUAGAGAACGCCGGCAAGACAUUGCAGAAGGUUGCAGGCACUCAGACUGCAUGCUAUAUCGGGUCGUCAAUGAGCGACUACCGAGAUGCGGUUGUACGAGACUUCGGACACAGCCCUAAGUACCAUAUUCUCGGAACGUGCGAGGAGAUGAUAUCCAAUCGUGUCUCUCACUUUUUGGAUAUUCACGGCCCGAGCGCCACCAUCCACACAGCUUGCUCCUCGAGCCUUGUUGCUACCCACCUCGGGUGUCAGAGCUUGCAGUCUGCAGAGUCAGAAAUGGCCAUCGUGGGCGGCGUUGGCAUGAUCAUCAGCCCUGACGGAAAUAUGCAUCUAAAUAAUCUAGGGUUCUUGAACCCUGAGGGGCACUCCAGAGCCUUCGACGCCGACGCCGGUGGCUACGGUCGAGGAGAGGGAUGUGGGAUUUUGAUUCUUAAGAGGUUGGACAGAGCCGUUCAGGAUGGCGAUUCCAUUCGCGCGGUUAUUCGAGCGACGGGCGUCAAUUCAGAUGGAUGGACACAAGGAGUUACCAUGCCCUCAAGCGAGGCACAGGCUUCGUUGAUAAAGUAUGUGUACGAGUCCCACGGCUUGGAGUAUGAAUCGACGCAAUACGUCGAAGCUCACGGCACGGGAACAAAAGCAGGCGAUCCGGCAGAAGUUGGAGCAAUUCACCGUACCAUCGGACAGAGUACUACCAAAUCACGCAAGCUUUUCAUUGGUAGCGUUAAGCCUAACAUUGGCCAUCUAGAGGCUGCUGCUGGCGUAGCUGGUAUUAUCAAAUGCGUUCUCGCCAUGGAGCAUGGUCUGAUUCCGCCAAACAUAUACUUUUCUAAGCCGAAUCCGGCGAUUCCCUUGGAUGAAUGGAACAUGAUAGUGCCGACAAAGCUUACUCCUUGGCCAGUCACUCGGGGGCCUCGACGUGCGAGCGUAAGCGGGUUUGGAAUGGGUGGUACGAACGGACAUGUUGUCCUAGAAUCAUACAGCCCAGAGAGCAACAAAUUGCUCAACGGAAUCAGCAAUGGAGUUACUAAUGGUGCUACCAACGGGACCGUCAACGGAAGUGCGGAGAAAGAUAUCAACGGAAAGGCUCGCCUAAACGGAACCAAUGGGAUGAUCAAGAGCACUUUUAGUGCUGCCGUAAGGGAUUAUGUGCACAUCACCGCCAACAGCGGUAAACGCCUGUUUGUCAUUAGCAGCCAUGAUCAGGCAGGAUUUAAACGCGUGGGCAGCACACUUUCGGAGCACCUUCACAGUCUAGGACCAACUGCUUCAACGCCAGACUAUCUUGCUCGCCUUGCGCACACCUUGGCGGUUGCCAGAUCAGGCCUCUCCUGGAAAGCCGUUAUUUCAGCCGAGAGUUCAGCGGAACUGCAAGAAAAACUGUCGGCGGGAUCGUGGGAGAAUGCCAGGCGAGCUGGCAGCAACAUUCCACGGAUAGGUUUUGUGUUCACCGGUCAAGGCGCUCAAUGGAGUAGAAUGGGCGUCGAGCUGUUGGAGCGUCCUGGUUUCAGGGAAUCCAUUGCCAGAUCAUCCGAGAUUUUAAGAACGUUCGGAUGUGAUUGGGACCCCAUUGAGGAGUUGAUGAAAGGCAAGGACCAGUCUCGACUUGGGGUCCCGGAAAUAUCGCAACCUAUCUGCUCAGUGUUGCAAAUCGCCUUGGUCGACGAACUGAAAACGUGGGGUAUAGUGCCUUCGAAAGUUGUCGGUCAUUCAAGCGGCGAAAUCGCUGCAGCCUACUCCAUCGGAGCCUUGUCUCACCACGAUGCAUUGGCUGUGGCGUACUUUAGAGGUGUAGCCUCAUCCGGGCUCAAACAUCUGAAGGGCGGAAUGAUGGCCGUUGGAUCUUCGCCCGAGGACGCCCAGCGGCUUAUCAAGCAAGCAAAACUUGGUCCUGGUGCAGUAAGUGUUGCAUGCGUUAACUCACCUUCCAGUGUCACCAUUUCUGGCGACGUUGCGGCACUUGAAGAGUUGCGAGUCUUCGUAGAGGAACAAGGCGUGUUCGCGCGACGACUCAAGGUUGAUGUGGCGUACCAUUCCUCACACAUGAACUCAGCAGUCGCCAAAUAUUCCGCCUCAAUUUCCGAGAUCGAACCCCAGCAAUCAACGGCAAAACACCCAGUAAUGGUAUCAAGUGUGACGAAUCAAGAAGUCGAUGCCGAACUUCUAGGUCCUUACUACUGGAUCCGCAAUCUCAUUUCUCCCGUUUUGUUUUCGGACGCCGUCAAAGAAAUGGUUUCUCCUUCAGAGGGAGAUGGGAGGAAUGAGGUGGAUCUUCUAAUUGAGGUCGGACCUCACAGCGCGCUAGGUGGGCCAAUUGAGCAGAUUCUGGCUUACCACGGUAUCAAGAACGUCGGUUACGCUUCCGUCCUCACUCGUGGCGAGAACGGACUCGACUGCGCCCUAAAGCUUGCUACCGAGCUCAUUCUUCAAGGUGUACCACUAGAUGUUCAGCGAGUCAAUGGUGAUUCAGGUUGUCGCCUGCUUACUCACCUCCCUCCCUAUCCCUGGAACCACUCAAAAACGUUCCGCGCCGAUUCGCGGAUCCAUAGGGAGCUCAUAUCACAAAAGUUCCCCACACGAAGUCUCAUCGGGGCGAAGCUUCCCGCGAUGAGCGAAACGGAACAUGAAUGGCGGACUUUUAUUCGUCUUUCCGAGGAGCCUUGGCUUCGCGGCCAUACGGUUGGAAGCACAGUACUCUUUCCUGGAGCCGGUAUUGUAAGCAUUGUUUUGGAGGCUGUCCAACAGUUGGUAGAUGCCGGCAAGAGGGCCUGCUCCUUCCGAUUGCGCGACGUGAGCCUUUUUGCGGCCAUGGCGCUUCCAGAAGACCAGGCGACCGAGGUGAUCAUCCACAUGCGGCCGCAUCUCAUUGCCACGAGCGGAACCACACCGGCAAGCUGGUGGGAAUUCACUGUUUCCUCUUGCGUGGGGACGGAUCAACUUAGAGACAACGCGCGAGGUUUGAUAACCGUGGACUACCAUGAGAACAGGAGCCAACAAAUGAUUGACGAGUCAACAAUGAUUACGACUGCUCAAGUGGAAGAUUAUCAUCGGAUCCAACAAGAGUGCACCGACACAUGCUCUAAAGAACAAUUCUAUCAGCACAUGACCAAGGCAUCUUGGCGUUACGGCGAGCUCUUCCAGGGAGUAGAGAAUUGCCAUAUCGGCUACGGAAAAACCACUUUUGAUAUCAGACUCGUUGAUGUUGGAGAAACUUUCAGCCGCGGCCAACUGGAUCGACCAUUCCUCAUCAACGCCGCAUCUCUGGAUGCUAUUUUCCAGUGCUGGCUUGGAGCUACAUAUAAUAACGGCGCAUUCGAGUUUGACAAACCUUUUGUCCCUACCUCAAUUGGCGAGCUAGAAAUUUCCGCAGAUAUACCUGCUGAUGCCGACUAUGUCAUGCCAGGCCUCUGUAGGGCAGAGCGGUACGGCUUCAACGAGCUAUCUGCCGACAUAGCAAUCUUCGACAAUGAGCUUUCGACCACCGUGCUCUCCGUGAAAGAUUUCCGCACCUCCGAAUUGGACGUAGAGUCAGGGAAGGUCGAAGGGGACGGCGCCGAGAUUGAUCCAGCAGACAUCACCUCAGAGGUGACGUGGAAUUAUGCCUUACCUUUGCUGCAUGCCGACGAGCUCAAAAAAGUUUUGAACACAGCUAGUGCUAAUAGCAGGCUGGAAAAGCUUAUCUUUAUGCUCCUGCACGAAAAUCCGGCGGCCAGUGUUGUUGAAUUGAUCUCUGAUACCGACAAACGUGACAAUGCGGUCAUGUCUAAAAUCCCUGAGGAGGUUAUCUCACCCAGCCGCGUUUGCUACGCUGUUGAGAAGAGCGAAGAUAAUAAGGACGAAAGUUCACUCCUGAUUGUUGACGCGAAUGAUCAAUCAAGUCCCGUUAAGAAGUCUGCCGCAGACGUCUUGAUCGUCACGUCCGAGGUUGAGGAUCCAGCCCGUUUGGAAGACCUUGUAAACCAACUGGCCAAACCUAACGCGACCGUUGUCAUCGCCACCAGCAACGAAGUUGCUGCAAAAGCAUUGAUUGGCAUGGGCUUCUAUCAAGUCUCAUCCCCUGAUGGUGUUGGAUCAGUUUCCAUAUAUAUGAACAGGCGAGGGCGAUCGGAAGGCGUGACAAAUGGCUCCUUGAAGGACAACAUCCUUAUCAUCGAGCCAUCAACUGCUUCAUCCACUGCACAAGAGUUCUCAUCCACUCUACAAAACACACUGCGCAACCAUGGCUACCCCAUAUCCCCAGCGUCCUGGGACAACGCAAUCAGUGCUGAAGACGUCAACGGAAAGAUAUGCGUGUCUCUUUUGGAGUUUGAGCAGCCUUUGCUGGAUAACCUUUCCGAUCGCGACUUCGAGAAAGUUCGAACCAUGGUCUUGAACAGCGAUAGGGUGCUUUGGAUUACAUCGGGCGACAAUCCAGCAUUUGGGAUGGUUGAGGGUUUUGCUCGAUGCAUCAUGAGCGAGAUCGCGGGGAAGAGAUUCCAGCUCCUACACCUCAGCGAGGCCACUGGACUACAGCAUGGUCCCGUUCUUGCGUCUCGCAUCCUUGGGUCGGAUUCCAAUGACAACGAAUACCGGGAAUCAGGUGGUCUUCUUCAAGUCGCUAGAAUAUGGAAGAGCUACCAACAGAAUGAAAACAUACGGUACCACCUGGAGGACUCUACUCGCCUCGAGACGCUGGCCGACCGUCAAGAGCCUCUCCGGCUCACUAUCGGCAAGCCAGGUCUCUUGGACACGUUGAAGUUUGUCCCUGACGAACGAAUUGUCCCUGCACUUGGCGAUGACGAGGUUGAGGUCCAGGUUAAAGCUACAGGCCUAAAUUUCCGAGAUGUCAUGGCCAGCAUGGGAUUGAUUCCCGUGACAUGGCUAGGCCAAGAGGCCAGUGGUGUAGUUGUAAGAACUGGUCGCAAUGUGACAAACGUUAAGCAGGGCGAUCGCGUCAACACAAUUCACGUCGGUACCCAUGCAACCAGGAUCCGCGUGAAUUACCGUGGUCUAGCACGAAUUCCGGAGGGUAUGUCCUUCGAGGAGGCAGCGGCCAUCCCUGUGGUUCACACAACUGCGUACUACGCCUUCGUUCGAGUGGCCAAGCUUCGUGCAGGGCAGUCUGUGUUGAUACACGCUGCGGCUGGAGGUGUAGGACAAGCGGCUAUACAGCUGGCGAAACAUCUCGGUCUCGUAAUUUUUGUCACUGUAGGUACGGAAGAAAAGCGGCGCCUGAUUACCGAAGAAUACGGGAUCCCUGAUGGCCACAUCUUUUAUUCGCGCGAUGCCAGCUUUGUCAAGGGCAUUCUCCGCGUCACAAAUGGGCGAGGAGUCGAUUGUAUUCUCAAUUCUCUCUCAGGCGAACUUUUAAGAGCUUCCUGGAAUUGCCUCGCGACAUUUGGUACCUUCGUCGAGAUUGGCCUGCGCGACAUCACCAACAACAUGCGUCUAGAUAUGCGACCCUUCGGGAAGAGCACGUCAUUUACGUUCAUCAACAACCACACCCUCUUCGAGCAAGACCCCGAAACGUUCUAUGAGGCCUUCCAUGCAGCCUUGAAGCCAGUGGAACAGGGCCAUCUCCGUGCUCCUAGCCCCGUCGUGGCAUAUCCUGUUGACCAAAUCGGAGAGGCGUUCCGGAUUAUGCAACAGGGAAAGCAUCGGGGAAAGCUAGUCCUGUCAUUCGAGGGUUACGCCAAAGCGCCUGUCCUUCACAGGGCCAAGGACUCCUUGAAACUAGACCCUGAAGCGACAUACCUUUUUGUCGGUGGCUUGGGCGGCCUGGGACGCAGUCUGGCGAAGGAAUUCGUCGCAUGCGGAGCCCGUAACAUUGCAUUCCUGUCACGGUCUGGAGAUAGCACACCUCAGGCCAAGGCAAUCAUAGAUGAACUCACAAGCCGGACACCUGGAGUACGGAUCAAAGCUUAUCGUGGCGAUAUCUCGGACAAUGCGUCAUUCUCCAAAGUUAUGGCGCAGUGCGAGCAGGAUUUACCACCGGUGAAGGGUGUAAUUCAGAUGGCCAUGGUUCUUCGCGACAUUGUCUUCGAAAAGAUGUCGUACAGUGAGUGGACCAUUCCAGUUCAGCCCAAAGUGCAAGGAACAUGGAACCUGCACAAGUACUUCGACCAGAGCCGACCGCUGGACUUCAUGAUCAUCUGCUCGUCGAGUUCCGGGAUCUAUGGUUACCCUAGUCAGGCCCAGUAUGCUGCUGGAAACACCUACCAGGACGCCCUUGCCCGCUAUCGUCGCUCCCAAGGACUCAAGGCCAUCUCUGUCAACCUUGGCAUUAUGCGCGAUGUUGGCAUUCUUGCAGAGACUGGCACUAGCGGCAACAUCAAACUCUGGGAAGAGGUAUUGGGCAUCCGUGAGCCGGUCUUCCAUGCUCUCAUGAAGAGUUUGAUAACUCAGGAGCAAAAGCGUUCCCCGGAAACCUAUCCGGUACAAGUUUGCACGGGGCUGGGCACUGCAGAUAUUCUGGUCACCCACGGUCUGGCUCGACCGGAUUAUUUCAAUGACCCACGAUUUGGACCUCUGGCGGUAACCAGUGUCGACGUGUCAGCUUCAGCAGAGGCGAAUGGUUCUGCUGUAUCGUUGGCUGCCCGACUCUCCAAGACCAGUAGCAAGGAGCAGGCAACGGAGAUCAUCACUGAAGCUCUGGUUGAAAAGACUGCGGACAUCCUACAGAUGCCCGCGUCUGAAGUUGACCCAAGCAGGCCUCUAUAUCGUUAUGGUGUGGAUUCGCUGGUUGCGUUGGAGGUGAGGAACUGGAUCACUCGAGAGAUGAAGGCGAACAUGGCUUUAUUAGAGAUUCUGGCCGCGGUGCCCAUCGAAAGUUUUGCAAGCAAAAUCGCGGAAAAGAGCAAGCUGGUCAUGGUGGAAUAAACCAUCGGCGCUCUGAAUAUUUGUCCAGAGAGGUAGCUGUUUUGACAGAUAUUUUGGGUGGCGAUGCCAUUGAGUUGAUAUUUACAGUCAUCUUCCUCGCAGUUUUAAUUACAGAGAGCAUCAAUGUUGAUAAUUCCACCGUUUUCAACCAAUGCAGCUCAUAUACAUGUAUUACCACAGGAUUCUAAAAAAGCUGUUGUGCGGUCAUGCAACGCAACAAAAGUGAAUUAAUUCGAACCCACCCC